AUAUACGUUUGUAGCAAAGACGUGGGAAUUAAAGUAGCGUAAAAUUGGUCUGAACGUGCACAGCUAAUGAAAAUAACUUUUUUGCUGUUAUUGAACGUGAUGUGCUAAUAGCAAUCCCUGAGCUCGCAUGCUAACUGUGCUAACAGUGACAGCUGAAAACAUCGACAGGCGAGCGAAUGGAAACUGUAAUGCCAUAGAGGAAGGAGACAUUACCACGUCACCCCAGAAAUGGCAACUGAACUCCAUGAGACUAUAUUCAUGGCCAAGCAGGAACGCCACAAAAACCUGUUUCUUAACUACAAAAACCUGAAUAUUUUCCCCGUAGAGCUGCUGAAAGAUGAAGGCCUGCAGUUCCUGGAGAGACUAUACAUGAAGAGGAACUCACUCACUACACUGCCUGACAAUCUUGCUCAGAAACUCCCAAAUCUAAUUGAACUGUAUUUGCACUCAAACAACAUAGUCAUUAUUCCUGAAGCUAUUGGAAACCUGGCCAGGCUCCAGUCAUUGGACCUGAGCAGCAAUGUCCUCCAGCUCCUCUGUCCAGACAUUGGACGACUGAGGUCCCUGCGGCACCUAAGACUGUCCAAUAACCAGCUGAAAUCCCUUCCACCAGAGAUUGGUGAUCUGCAGGAACUGGAGACUCUGGAUGUGUCGAUGAACCAGCUGAUGACUCUACCAGACCGGCUCCACCGCUGUCUGUCAUUGCAGAACCUAACAGCAGACCAUAACCUACUGAGCCACGUUCCCCGGCAGCUUUGCUGGCUCCACCGCCUCAACCAACUCUCCAUGGCCGCUAACCGGCUGGGCUUUCUGCCACUCGAUCUGGGCAGAUCACGGGAGCUGCAGUUUGUGUUUGUUGACAACAAUGUGGACCUAAAAGGCCUUCCUUCCUACUUGUAUAACAAGGUCAUUGGUUGCAGCGGGUGUGGUGUGUCAUCCCAGGUGUUGGAGAGCAAUGUGGGUGGGACACUGAGUGAGGCUCUGGUCAAACUUCCAGCUGAUGUUAAGGUUGUCGGCUCAGAGACAGAUAACAUAGUUCCCCUAGAGGAGCUUACCAUGAGGACCUUACACCGCCUUUACCACCACCACCCAACAGAGCUCAACUUGCAGCCUGCCAACACUCUCCCAAAGAGCCUGCUGGAUCUGCUGCAGUUCCCCCUGGGACACUGUCACCGCUGCAGUCAAGCUAUGUUCACCAUCAUCUAUCCCUCUUUCCCCUCCGUGACACCGCCCUGGCAGGAGUGCACCGCAGGACAACUGUAAGUUUUGUUGCCUACUGCUGCUCCAGUCACUGCCUCCGCACCUUUAACCUCCAGGGCUGACAUCUUUUCCUUACACCUGUGCACAUUCAAAGCAGAAGCUGUUGAUGCGCUUGCAGCGGGUGACAGCCUUGUGUGGAUUUAAGGUCUGUGCUGCAUCAGUGCAGGAGCUGUGUACUUGAUUGACAACAAGAACCACAGAGAAAAGCACCCUUUGUGGAUAUAUGGUGGCUCAGAGGAUGAACACACAGCAACAUUUCAACACGCUUAAGACAAAGACCCAAACCUACAUGGUGUUUCUGUCUCAUUUCUAACCAGAUAGGAGCAUUAUUUUCACGACUGGUGGGAGUCAGUAUAAUAACAGUGCGCCCCUCAGACUUUUGCAUGAGCACGCUCAAAAAGUGCCGUUCAUUUUUCAUUUUGAACGAUGAACUGAAUGGUUCACUUUGCAACUAAGUAAUGUGAACUUGAGUUUCAUGAACAUGCAGGCUGAUGAACUGAAUGACAAAGGCUUUGUUCAGUUCAGAGAACAACUGUAGGUUCAUUGCACUAAAACAAAACUCCUUGUCCAAGAUUCUGCUCCAGAUUUUCAGAUCACUUAUUUUGUUUUCCACUAGAACAUAACAUCCUCACAACAGCAUCUUUGUAUCCUGUUAACACAGAGCGACACACAAACUACUCGGGCUGCACGAAGCUUAAAACAAAUGUACCCUUGAGCUGCAGUAGACAGCCGAAGUGGGGGGAGACCAGUCUUCAUCAGCUCCUGUGAAGUGUGAACUUGCACAACCGCUGGUGCCUAGGCACUCAUUCAGCUGACAUCUAGAAACUAACAGCAUUGCACAGACCUGAAGUAACGACAACCCACCCACUCACAAAUGGGCACCUUUUAAGAACAAGCUGUUUGAUAUUUGUAAAAUCAAUAAAUUUCCACACAGACUUUUUGUAAUAGACACAUCCCAUUCAUUCAUGCCUCACAAAUUUGUUUAACAGGUAUACAAAUUUUGAGUUUGUCAGCCAUUUUUUGUUUGUUUUUUUAAUUUGACAGGUUUUGGAGCAAGUUAUUAAUUUGUAAAAAUGAUGUUUUUAUAAUUAAAAGUAUUAAAAAUAACACACUUUGUAAAAGCCAAAAGUGUCAUUGUUAGGAUGACCUUAAACAUCUGCAAGCUCAGUUUAAAGUCAGGUUUCUUUCACCAUCAGUACGGAAAGAGGUAUGUAUACUUCAGUGCCACUGUGCGAGUCACUUGUUGAGCUGAUGCUUUUGUGUUAAUGUUCAUUACUGUGUUGUAUAGUUCUAAAUUAUCAUUUGUUUUGAUUGCAUUACAUUUGGCAGUAAAUGCUGAUUGAUGUUU